UCAGUGCCCGGCCGGCGCGCCAGUGGCCGGCCCGGCGCCCAUUGGUUUUGUACUGUGCUGUGUUUGGAACAUUUGGAACUUCGAACUUGGUUGCUGUGUGUCGUCGUAGCACAUAUCGCUCCAAAUGGGAGGGUCUUGGAGUGUUGCAAAAUAUGAAGUUAUGAUGUAAUGUGUAGCAACUAUUUAUGAUGGAGUCACAUAGAUCAUCUUGUCUUCUGACAUUUGUCCUUGCUCUCUCAACUGUGAGCCACUGUCAUCAAAAUGCAACGAAGCCACCGAAUAUAAUCUUUAUCCUGGCUGACGACUACGGUUUCCAUGACGUCGGUUACCAUGGUUCUGCAAUUAAGACUCCGUGGCUGGACAAACUCGCUGCUGAGGGCGUGAAGCUGGAGAAUUACUAUGUCCAGCCGAUUUGCACCCCGACGAGAAGUCAACUCAUGAGCGGUCGAUACCAGAUCCACACUGGCCUAGAGCAUUGGAUCAUCUGGGAUGUCCAGCCAAACUGCCUGCCUCUGGAAGAUGUUACUGUCGCUGAUAAACUCAAGGAGCUCGGCUACGCCACGCACGCAGUCGGCAAAUGGCAUCUUGGCUUCUACAAGAAAGACUGCUGGCCCACCAGGCGUGGCUUUGAUACCUUCUUUGGCUACUAUACUGGGUCUGAGGACUACUUUACCCAUUCAAGAGGAUGCGGCAUGCCAGGUUUUAACUGCUCCGGCUUCAAAUCUGGUCUUGAUUUCCGGGACCAAGAGUUACCCAUGCAUAACUAUACCGGCAGUUAUUCAACCCAUGUGUUUGCUCAGCGAGCCCAACAGAUUCUGGAAAAUCACAACCCCAAAGAGCCGUUCUUCCUGUAUCUGCCAUUCCAAGCUGUCCACAGUCCCCUGCAAGUGCCUGAGAAGUACAUUGAGCCUUACAAGCACAUUGCCGACAAACACCGUCGGAUAUAUUCAGGAAUGGUGGCUUGCAUGGAUGAAGCUAUCGGCAACAUAACCCAGACUGCAACACAACUAGGCCUGUGGGACAACACGGUGCUGAUUUUCUCCACAGAUAACGGUGGCCAGAUACACAAGGGGGGAAACAACUGGCCACUUCGGGGAUGGAAGACCUCACUAUGGGAGGGAGGCAUUCACGGUGUGGGCUUCGUUCACAGCCCUCUAAUACCCAAGAGCUUGCAGGGUACCAGCAGUAAAGAGAUGAUACAUGUCAGUGACUGGUUCCCUACACUCGUGGCAGGUGUCGCAGGUGGACAUUUGGAGGGUCUAAAGCUGGAUGGUUUUAACGUGUGGCAGACGAUCAGCCAAGGCAAGGCUUCCCCUCGCAAGGAAAUUCUGCACAACAUUGAUCCUAUACCGUAUCCCAGGCUGGACCAACAUGGAGAUUUUUACCCUGAUCCAUAUUUCAGUUACCAUAGCAACCUGCCAAGUUCCUUUAAUACCACCAUCAGAGCAGCAAUACGAGUCGGAGACUGGAAACUUCUCACAGGAGAUCCAGGAAACAGCAGUUGGAUACCACCCCCUGACUCGGGGAUUAUUCCCAUCCACCCAGUUGAACAGAAAGGUAAACAUGUUUGGCUGUUCAAUAUCCAGGAGGACCCCAAUGAGUAUCAUGACCUAUCUGAAGCCAGACCAGACAAAGUCAAGGAGCUGGUUGGAAGAUUACAGUACUACUAUAAUAGUCUUGUGCCACCGUUUUACCCCCCUGGAGAUCCAAGAGCCAAUCCAGCCCUGCAUGGGGAUAUAUGGACCAACUGGGAGUAGUGGACACUUGGCACUCUGUAACACAGAUAAGGCAUGUCCUAUUAAUAACUUGGUGGAGGUAUUUUUAUUUUGUAUAUCUCAAAUAAUAUCUGUACUUGGAAGUGUGUCAUUAAACCUCAAGGAUGAUAAAGCUGAAAGGCAAAAAGGGUUCUGUUCAUUAGAUAUUUCUUUAUGAAUUACGCCCAGUUGGAAAGUUGUAAACGCCGUAAUUUCCAGCUACAUACAAACACAAACUUUCAAAGAAAAGAUAUCCUGUACUUAAUGCUACAUUUCUGAAUUGCUUUUAAUUUCUAAUCAUGUAAGUUCCAUAAUGUAAUACACUGAACUGAGUAAAUAUAUAUUUUUCUACUUUGAAUUUUUAUACGUCUCUAAAACCUCAGAAAACAAUUUUUUUCUGAUCUAUAUUCUAAAGUAUCUGCAUUGUUCGUAGUAAUAACUUGUCCUUUUAUGUAAAUGUUUUUACUGGAUUGCAAAUCAAACUUGUUGGUAAAGCAAUAAUUUGGUUUUUAGUCAGUAAUUUUGAAUAUCAAAACGUUUUGUCUUCGAAUAAAAUGAUUUGGUGAUACUUUA